AUGUCAGAGCAAUUUAAUCAGGAACUUUCUCUCUCUGGUAAAAUUCCUUCUGGCUUGUUCAAUCAUAUGUUUGAGUUUUCAAAUAGUUGGCAGAAAGAUGCGGCAAAUACCAAGGCUCUGGCAUUUGAUGGAUGGUUUAUAAACCUUUACACGGUUGCUCUUGCAAAAUCUCACAUUGAACUAAGAGAUCAUGUCAAAGAGUCUGUUCCAUCAUCGUGGGAUCCUGCUGCUCUAGCAAGGUUUAUUGAAAAGUUUGGCACCCAUAUUAUUGUUGGUGUGAAGAUGGGAGGUAAAGAUGUCAUAUACAUAAGACAACAGCAUUAUUCGAACCUUCAACCUGUUGAAGUUCAGCGAAGAUUAAAAGAAAUGGCUGACAAAAGGUUUCUGGAUGUGAACUUGCAAUUUAGCAUGUCAGAAGAGGCAUUUGUGAAGGACAAGUUUGAAGCUAAAGAACAACGACUAAGAUUUGCAGGCUCCAGUCCGUCGAGUUCUUAUGCAACAAAGGAGGACAUCAUGAGAAUCUUUAAGAGGAGAGGUGGGAAUGAUAAUAAGGACUUACCACAUUAUGAAUGGUUGAACACUGUUCAGUACGAACCAGAUGUUAUAUCAAUGUCAUUUAUUCCAAUAACUUCUCUCUUGAAUGGAGUUCCUGGCAGUGGUUUCUUAAGCCAUGCCAUCAAUCUAUACUUGCGCUAUAAACCACCGAUAGAGGAACUUCAUCAAUUUUUGGAGUUUCAAUUGCCAAGACAGUGGGCACCUGUUUUCAGUGAUCUUCCCCUUGGUCCUCAACGGAAGCAACAAAGUAGCUCAUCGCUGCAGUUUAAAUUCAUGGGUCCAAAGCUUUAUGUCAAUACUAGCGUGGUUGAUGUAGGAAAGAGGCCAAUAACAGGCCUUAGACUCUACCUUGAAGGAAAAAGAAGCAACAGGUUGGCCAUUCACCUUCAGCACCUCUCCUCUCUUCCUCGAAUCUUCCAUAUUCAGGACAACCCCAGUAGCACAUACUAUCACGAAUCAAAUGAACGCAAGUUCUACGAACCUCUUCAGCAGCGACAUUUCUCCCAUGUUUGUACCGCGCCUAUCGAAGCAGAUGACGAUAACUCCAUUGUCACCGGAGCUCAACUACAUGUCGGCAGCUAUGGCUUCAAGAAGGUACUCUUCCUUCGCCUGCAAUUCUCAUCAGUAUCAAAUGUGUCCCUGCUCAGGAGUCCAGAAUGGGAAGGAUCACCUGGUUUGACUCACAAAUCUGGCCUUAUAUCCACAUUGAUAAGCACACACUUCACUACAGCGAUUCAGAAGCCGCCGCCCCGCCCCGCCGACGUGAACAUAAACUCCGCGGUGUAUCCUGGCGGUCCUCCGGUUCCCGUUCAGGCUCCGAAAUUGCUUAGAUAUAUUGAUACAACUGAGAUGGUGCGAGGACCCCAAGAUACUCCAGGUUAUUGGGUAGUUUCAGGGGCGAAGUUGAAUGUGGAGAGGGGUAAAAUCUCUCUUCGUGUUAAGUACUCGCUCUUGACGGCAUUGUUGCCGGAUGAUGAACUGUAGAUACAAGUGCUAUAAAAUAGGAAAAUUAUUAGGUCCCAACACCUGCCUACAGUCAAAGCGCAGGUACUAUAACAGUUGUGCUUUGACUACGUUUUUACUGUAUACAGAAAGAAAUUCAGAUGAUUCUCUCUGUCAGGUAUCCGGACCUAAUAAUUUGCCUGUAAAAUGAGGAUGGAUUCUUGCAAUUUAUUUGGGCAAAUUGGAAUGGAAGAAUACUGUGGAGUAGGCCAUUAAUUUGGUGGUUGUUUGUUGAUGGAUGGACUGAAGGUUGGAUGUAUGUAUUAUAGUUUUUAUUGUUUUUUUAAUUUGUAUUUUUGUAGUACAUCUUAAAGUGCUAGUGAUGCCAUAGUUAUCAUUUUUU